AUGAAGCCUCUUUUGACCCCUCUUCUCCUCACAGUACAGACAUACUUUCAGCCGAGCAUAUCAUCUGAUCCAGUCCCUACCUCACCUCUCAUUAGCACCAUCAAGGGGACAACACUAGUCGCUGUCCUUUCGGCGUUCUCACUCUCAAACGGAGAUCUAUUCGGCUCUUUAAUAUCGAUCAUAUUAGUAGCUGCUCUCGUUAUUGUCUACAGCAUCUUCAGUCCUGACUUCAAAGUGAAAAGAUUGUCACUUUCAUCAGUCGACAUUGAGAUAAAUAUCAAGGGCAUCGCAGGCCGAACAAUAGUCCUUCUUCUCAUUGCUGCAGCUUUCCAGACUUUGGUCCUCGGACCCCCAAACAGCAAUGUCAUUCUCGUGCUCUGCGCGGGAUUAGUCAAAGCCUUGUCCUGGUUCUUCACCAUUCAAGCCGCACGACAAACUUCCUGGUGCAUUGCUACUACGAUAGGAACCUUUGCUCUCGCCUGCGCCAGAAACCCCUUCUCACAAAACUCCCAACUUCAAGCCUUAUCUCACGUCGCAGUCUCCACGCUCACCCUCUAUCAAACAACUCAACUGCUCCCCAAACAAUCCAAAGGAAAAUUUCUUCUCUGGUCCUGCUUAUCAGCAUCUUUCAUUCCCUAUCUAUACAACGAACACAUGAUCCACCGCGCAACAUCCUCCACAUUCGCGUCUCCAUCUCACCCCGUCAAAUUAUUAACUCAAGAAGCAGCACCAAUCUUCAAGAGGAAACUUCUUAACCAAUCACGAACAUAUCCAGCAGCUGUGAAGGAGUACAAGCACCGAUAUGGUCUUGAUCCACCACCAGGCUAUGAAGCUUGGUUCCAAUACGCCCUGAAACAUAAUUCACCCAUCAUCGAUGAGUUUGACACGAUUCAUAGGGCCAUAUCGCCAUUCCUGAAACUCACUGGAAAAGAGGUUUCUGAGAUGAUUGAUAAGUUGUUGUGGAAUCUUCCGGGAGUUUUGCCGGAUGCCAAGUUUCUCAUUAAUCAUUUUGAUGAGCCGAGGGUUAUCAUACCUCCGGAAGGGGCCGGUAUGGACAAAGCUAUCCGACUGAAUGAUGUGUCGAUGAAGCCCACUUGGGACGCCUUGACAAAGUCUUGCCCAUCGCAUAAGACCUAUCGGGACGACCAAUCUAGUGUCGAUACAUUCGGCCUCCCUUUUGUCAGAGACCACCUCUCCGAGUCAGAUUUGUGUAAACAUCCUGAGUACAAAAAUAUGCACGGCACUUUCAUCAGCCCAAAAACCUUUCAUCUCAUUGAAGGUUUGGCACCAGUAUUAUCAACAGGUGCAUUCUCAACAAUGGGCGAUAUUCUCUUCCCAAGUCCAGCAUACGUCGAAGAAGAGUUCCAGUACGACAAGACCCAUGAUAUUCCAUGGUCAGAGAAGAAGAACAACUUAUACUGGACUGGCUCGACUACAGGAGGUUACGCUCUCGAUGAUCAGUGGAGGAACCACCAGCGACAGAGAUUCGUGACUUUGGCGCAGAACCUUGAGCAGCAAGAACACACAUACCUGAGGGAGAAAAACGGCGUGAUCAACAGCUUCAAGUCGUGGUUCCUAAACGGACGCUUGUACGACGUCGGCUUCACAAGAAUCUUCCAAUGCGACCGCAAAUUCUGCCGCGAUCAAAAAACAUUCUUCCCCGUAAAACCAUGGGCCGACAAAGACGCAGCAUUCCACUCCAAACUCGCCUUCGACCUCGACGGCAACGGCAUAAGCGGCCGCUACUACAAGCUCUUAUCCUCAAACACACUCCCGCUAAAACAAGCUCUUCUCCGAGAAUGGCAUGAUGAGCGGUUGGCCCCCUGGGUGCACUACAUCCCCGUUAGUCAAAGCCUGGAAGAAUUACCUGAGCUGUUGAUUGACAUGAUGGAUGAGGUCCGCAACUCGAUACCUCCGCUUUAG